GCCUAAGUAGCUCUUCCCUGUCUUGCUAAAAUUCUUCCUCGGACUUGUUUGCGGUUUGGACUGUGAGUCAAACGAUACAGCGGCGUGCAGAGCAAAAGCAAAGUGAUGUUUUGUUGUCUAAAUGUACUGCCAGCCCCACUGCAGGUCUGCAUGGGAAUGUGCCUCCACCAGGAUAUCACAGAGGAGGGUAAAAAGGCUAAACUGCAGAGCUCUAAAAUAGAACAAGACCUUUGUGAACAUGCCAGGACUGAGAUGAAUGUGGUGAAAAUCCUCAUGCUUGGAGUUGCAGAGAGUGGAAAGAGCACCCUGAUCAAACAGAUAAAGAUAAUCCACAGUCACGGCUUCUCCAAACAAGAGCUCAUCAGUUUCAAGCCCGCAGUACUAGACAACGUCCUGACCUCUAUGAAGUUUGUUCUUCGAGGAAUGGGGAUGCUGAGGAUAAACCUUGCUAACAAGAAGAACAAGAUGCAUGCCCGCUCCAUCCUGUCCUGCAGCCAGUGUCUGGGGGACGACCAGGAGCUGCUUCCUUUUGUGGCUCACGCUUUCUGUGCACUUUGGGCGGACCAAGGAGUGCGAGCAGCUGUAGCCAGAGGUUACGAGUUUGAGCUGAAUGACUCUGCACUCUAUUUCUUUGAGAAUAUGAGUCGAAUCAUCGCUCCCAGCUACGUCCCCACUGAGGCAGAUGUUCUGAGAGUGAGAGUGAGGACCUGCGGAAUCAUUGAGACACAGUUUCAAGUUAAUGACAUGAUCUUUCGGUUGUACGAUGUCGGGGGCCAGCGGAGUGAGAGGAGGAAGUGGCUCAGUUGUUUCGACUGUAUCCAGGCAGUGUUAUUUGUCGUGGCCCUCAGCAGCUAUGAUAUGUCACUAAUAGAAGACCCUUCAGUGAAUCGGCUGCAGGAAAGUCUUGAACUUUUUACAUCGAUCUGCACCAACACAGUCUUCAAGAGCACCUCACUGAUCCUGUUCAUGAACAAAACUGACCUUUUCCGGGAAAAGAUCCUUCACUCUGGAAGACACUUGAGAUUUUAUCUUUCUAGUUAUGAAGGUCCAGAUGGUGAUGUGGAUGCUGCGGCCCACUUCAUCACUGCCAUGUUUUCAGCAUGUAACAGCAGACCAGACCAUCCCAUGUUCCACCACUUCACUACUGCCACAGACACCACCAACAUACAGGUGGUCUUCCAAAUGGUCAUUGAUCAGAUUAUCAAGGAGAACCUAGCAGCUGUCCAGCUGCUAUAAAAGUUCUCUGAUAAUUCUUAGUGUGUUUUAGGUAAUUCAGCACUAAAAUUUUUAACUUCAUUACAGUUGUUUCCCUCAUUUUAAAUUAACUUAUUUAAGUGGCUAAUAUGGUAAAGAUAAUAUUAUUGGUGCUACACUCAUCCCAUUUUAUUUUAAAACAUUUUAAAUAAAAUAUUUAUGGAUUUGCA